AUGUUUCUUUCUCUCUUUCGUUCUUUCUUUGUUUCUUUCGUUCUUUCUUUCUUUUUGUUUCUUCGCUUCACUGAUUCUUUCUCUAUUUCUUUGUUUUUCGUUUGCUCAUUUCUUUCUCUCAAAUUUCUUUUUGUUUGUUCGAUUAAAUUAUUUUUCUCUUUUGCAUUUUUUCGCGUUUCCUUUUUUGUUUCAUUUUUUCACAAUUUUUUCUUUCACGCUUCAUUUUUAUUAGAGUUUUCGUUUCAUUUAUUCUUUCAUUUUCUUUCUUUGUCUCACUUUUCUAUUUUUGUUUAUUUCUUCAAUUCAUUGAUACUUUCUUUCUUUUUUUCAAUUUUCGUUUUUUUUUUUUUGCUUGCCACUUCCUUUUUCUUCUUUUCCUUUCUUUAUUUCAGGUUUUUUCGCAUUUCUUUUCUUUCUUUUUGUUUCAAUUCUUUCUUUUCACUAACAUGCUUCUUUUUCCUUUUCUUUCAUCACUUAUUUUCUUUCUUUCACCUUUUUUUUUCUUUUGCGACUGCCUUUCUUUCCUUUUAUUUCUUCCUUUUCCUCUAUCAACGCUCUUUUACGGAGGAAAAUAAACCAACCGGGAUUCCCUUAGUAACGGCGAGUGAACCGGGAGAAGCCCAACGCCGAAUCCCGUCGCAAGUAAAAGGCUUCGGGACAUGUGGCGCAUGGGUCGAAGGCAGCCGCUCGUUUUCGUCUCGCGUAGUUCGAAGUUCCCUCGAUCGGGGCCGCCCGCGGCGGGUGCCAGGCCCAUUCGGUGCGGACGGCGAGCGUCGGCCUUCAAUCCGAGAGUCGGGUUGCUUGGGAACGCAGCCCAAAUAG